AGGCUUGUGAAGUACUGUGAGCAGUUCCUCUCCAAUGACCCUUUCCUGUCGGGAUGUCUCCCCAGCAACCCCUGGAUAACAGAUGAUCCCGAGUUCUGGGACCUCAAUGCAAAGCUAGUGGAAAUCCCCACCCGAAUGCGUGUGGAGCGAUGGGCCCUCAACUUCAGCGAGCUGAUAAGAGACCCCAAAGGUCGGCAGAACUUCCAGCUCUUCCUGAAGAAGGAAUUCAGUGGAGAGAAUUUGAGUUUCUGGGAAGCCUGUGAAGAUCUCAAGUAUGGAGACCAAUCCAAAGUCAAAGAAAAAGCAGAAGAAAUUUACCAGCUCUUCCUGGCUCCAGGAGCAAGGCGCUGGAUUAACAUCGAUGGCACCACAAUGGGCAUCACUGUCAGAGGUCUCAAGCACCCUCAUCGUUAUGUUUUAGAUGCUGCUCAGACCCAUAUUUACAUGCUGAUGAAAAAGGACUCCUAUGGCCGCUAUUUAAAGUCUCCAAUAUACAAGGAAAUGCUGGCCAAGGCCAUUGUGCCCCAGGAGACGGUCAAAAAAAGCUCCAGUUUCUUAUUUGGACGGCGCCACCUCCGCUCCAGCCCUAGCCCCAUCAUCCUGAGGAAGCUGGAGGAAGAGGCCAAAGCCAGAGAAGCUGCCACGACUGUGGACAUCACACAGGUUAUGAGCAAGCUGGACCGCAGGAGCCAGCUCAAAAAGGAUCCUCCCAAGUAGGCUCUGAGCCCCGCAGGGCACAGCCCAGGGAAAAGACAAGCUGAGGCUGCUGUUGAGCUUCGUCUCCCCUUCCUGAAGGUGUCAGUGCUGCUUUACGUUUGCCAGGCCCGCU